AUGGCUUCUCGGUGUGAGAUUUUAGCGGCUUUGAAAGGGCAAGAGGUUCGUGUUCCGGAUCUGCAAACCCUGCUUCAGGAAUGGCCGCAAUACACGAAUCAGCAUCUAGAGCGGCUCAAAAUCGAUGUUGAUGCAAAGCUUGAGGAGUUGAUACCCGCUGGCAAAAGGCUCCAGCAGAUGAAGAGGGGAAACAUUGCGCAUUUCGCAGCCACCUGGUGGCCAUAUGCUGAGUACGAGCCGUUGAAGUAUCUCGCAUAUCUUUCAAUAUGGCUUUUCAACUGGGACGAUGAAACGGACUCCAACGAAUUCUCCAACAUGGCAGAUCAUUUCGACGCCGAGCAACGCUUUCGCCAGGACACUCUCGCUUUCAUGCGUCAGUGCUUGUCUUUGACGCCAGCGAGCGACAGCGAGCCCAGUGAUUCAAGAGAGGGGUCUGGAGAUUCGCAUGCAUCAUCGUCAUCAUCAUCAUCGGGGUCCGCGGCAGCCGAGGCCUCGCCAAGCUCUUCUUCACCAUCCAUAGUGACGAGCACCGAGGCUCCCAGUACACAUGGCCCCAGCAGAAACACACUACGACCUCCACCCCCGAAGUUGGAACGCUCCGCAUCUUACAGAAAAUUCGCGUCGAGAUUCGCCCAGCAUGCUCGGCGUCCGUCGACGUCCCCGGCAAUAGGCGUCAAGUCCGCCACCAAAGAUCCCAAGGCUGAGGGGAGUGAUGAAGUCGAGUCCCCGCAGGAAUCAGGGAAGCAGGUUGAUCACAAGCCUCUAUCGUCGGCUCCUGGCGGCAAGUCCCGUCGAACAGCAAUCAAGAAACUCGCAUCUACAAUCGCGAAAUACUUUCGUCCACGGAAAGAUUCCGGCGUUGACAUGAGUUGCCCGGUAAUUGCGGUAGCUGAAGGUUCUGAGCAAGAAGCAGUCACAACCAGCCCAUCGAGAAGCCCACUGAUUUCAAGUUUCGAGACCAUUGCCGAAGGAGUUUGCCCUCAUCUUUCGCCUUUUGAGCAUCAAGUCUUUCUUCGGGAGUGCGAGAAAUUUGUCAAUGCGACAGAAAGCGAGCAGAAAUUGCGGGUCCGAGGAGUGCUGCCUGAUCUAGAGGAGUACACCGCCAUGAGACUAGACACGGGAGCCGUGGCGAUGUGUCUAGCUUUGCAUGAAUAUGCCCUUGGCGUCCAGGUCCCCGAUUCGAUCCGCACAGACCCAGACAUGGUAGAGAUCUGGCUCCAGGCAAACAACAUCAUCUGGAUGGUAAAUGACAUGCUCUCUAUAAAGAAGGAAAUAGCACAGGGCGAAACCGACAGCUUGCUCCCGAUUUUGAUUGGCCAAGGUAAAGGUCUACAAGCCGCCAUGGACCAUGCAUAUGGAAUGACCCAAAACGCAAAGUGGGCGCUGGACGCUGCUGCUCUGAGACUGGCCGAGAAAGUGAGUGCGUCUUAUGAUGAGCGAGUAUGUGAGGAUGUGAAGAAGUUUGUGGAUAGCUGCCGAAUGGCAUGCACAGGAAGCAYGAACUGGAGUGUUGAGAGUGGGAGAUACAAGAUCGGGGUGUCGAGUUUAGCGGGCGGCGUGGUGAUUUGUCUGGAGUGA